AUGCUAAAUGCUAAACCUUCACCCUUUUGGCUACCUCGCACGCUCCGGGCGAAGUGCAGAUAUUAUCUAUUAUAUCCACAGCGGCGCUUCGGCGGAAUAAUACCACGUGACAGGAGCAUUACGUCCGCGGUGAUUAAAAUCGCUGACGAAAGCGACGCCAGCAGCGCUGCUGCAAUAAUGAAGCGCGAGCAGCGGCUCUGAAGGACAGCGGUAACCGUUCGCGUCUGUCGUUGACAGCAGGCGCUGCGGUGUGCUCGGUGAAACCGAUUCCCCGUCGAAGAACACCGCGACGUCCGCAGAUGAAAUGCACCUGCCUUCGGCGACCCAUUUUCUCGUUUCUCUAAACCUCAAGGUCCUUCGCCGGUAAUGUAACGGGAAGAGCGGGCACUGGCGCGGCACGUCGGGUCUAUCUAUUGAGUGAACGGACGGUAUUGUCGCAUAAUGAUGAGCUUUUCUGAUCUCUGAACGCGAAUAUAUUCAUCAGCGAGUCUGGUUUCCAGCGGUGCCAAUCAUAUUGCCUGUCAACAAACCACCAGUUCUCCUCAGUCCGUCUUGAACAAGGAAAUUGGAUAAGCAUGGAACCAGAUCAGCAAAUUCAAAGCCAGGGCAAUGAUCUGGCAUCAUCUGCACAACCAAAAGGACCAGCAGAUGCAUCUUCAUUUUCCACAACUUCUUCUGCCCCUUCUACACCCCCGACGGCCCCGGCCAGGCCACGCCGGCCUCAGAGGAGCCAGCGAGUGGAAGGAUCUAUCGACGUAUCCGAGCCCAAGCCUCCAGAAUCUCCUAAACCACAGCAGCUGAGCAACCAGGCUGAACCGAGCAGCCCCGACAGCUCCAAUCACCCCUCAGAACCUCAGUCUCAACUCAAUGUUGAUCACGGACCUCCAAGUUUGGCUGGACAGAAGCUUUCAGGACAUACCGCAGUGUCUCGGAGCCACAUUGCAAUGAGGGCCGCUUCGCUUCCCCAGGCCCCGUCGUACAGACCGCCGCCGUCAGAUUCCGUCUUUCACCCGCAGAGGGCCCUGUCUGUCGCUGGGACCGCCGACACUCAGCCGCAGGUGGUGGAGGAUUUCAGGGUGCACAUUAUCACGUGGAACGUGGGCUCAGCCAUGCCUCCCGAAGACGUCACUUCAUUACUGGGGCUGAAUGUUGGUGAUGGGAACACAGACAUGUAUAUUAUAGGCUUACAGGAAGUGAACUCAAUGAUCAACAAACGACUGAAAGAUGUUCUUUUCACUGACCAGUGGAGCGAGGUCUGCAUGGACGCUCUCAGCCCCUUUGGAUAUGUACUGGUCACUUCUCAGAGGAUGCAGGGAAUGCUGCUUCUGGUCUUCGCCAAGUACUUUCACCUGCCGUUCCUGAGAGGCAUUCAAACACAGACCACUCGCACCGGCCUCGGCGGGAUCUGGGGGAAUAAAGGAGGCAUCAGCGCUCGAAUGAACGUUUUUGGCCAUUCGAUCUGUUUCUUGAACUGUCACCUGCCUGCACACAUGGAGAACUCAGACCAGCGCAUGGAGGACUUCGAAAGCAUCCUGCAGCAGCAGCAGUUUGAAGGACAAGCAGCUACAGGCGUCCUGGAUCACGAUGUGGUUUUCUGGUUUGGAGACUUGAACUUUCGAAUCGAGGACCUGGAUAUGCAAAUUGUGAAAUCAGCCAUCGACAAUAACAAGCUUUCCACUUUAUGGGAAAAAGACCAGCUGAACAUGGCUAAAGGCAGUGAGACUGUGCUUGAAGGCUUCCACGAGGGCCCGCUUAAAUUCCCUCCUACUUAUAAGUUUGAUGUGGGUACGGACACUUAUGAUACCAGUGGUAAAAAGCGUAAGCCCGCAUGGACCGAUCGUAUUCUCUGGAGGUUGAGGCCGAUGGCUCAGGUCAGCAACAGCAUGUCGAAGCGCAGCUCCCUGUCAGGUCUAACCAGCGGAACUCGUGUCUCACAGCACUUUUACCGCAGUCACAUGGAGUACACCGUCAGCGACCACAAGCCAGUCUCCUCUAUUUUCACUUUGCAGUUCCCAUACAGGGUGGACAUGCCUUUAGUAACACUCUUUGUAGAGGAUGAAUGGAGAGAGAUAUCCGACGCAGUGGCCAAAUUCAAGGUGACACCCAACUUUGCUCGAAGCUCCUGGGACUGGAUUGGGCUUUACAAGGUUGGGUUUAAACAUCAUAAAGACUAUGUAAGUUACAUUUGGGCCAAGCAGGAAGAGUCUGACUUCUUAAGACAGGAGCACCAAGUGAUUUUUACAGAGGAAGAAUUGCCAAAGGAUUCUGGGGACUUCAUAUUAGGUUAUUACAGCAACAAUAUGAGCUCUAUUGUGGGCGUCACCGAGCCAUUCCAGAUUCAACUGCCAGCAUCCGCCGCAGCUGGUCUGAGUCCGUCUGACAGCUCCGACUUCACGUCUGAUGAUGAGGUGAAGAAGAGCGACUCCUGUGACUCCGGCCCCGAGACCGAAGAGAAGCAGAGCAGCGGCUUGAGCUCCAGACGAGUCGGAAGGAAGAUGGCAAACCCCAACGAACCGCACUCCAAAGAGACCUCGGCACAUUCCAGCUCCAGCAGGCCGGCCGGCGGGACCGACGGGUCCUUCGGUGACCCCUUCCCCACGGAUGACAGCUCUAACUCAGGAAAAGAUGCAACCAAGCCAGAGGAACCUUAGCUAAGCACAGCACCUUCUCUGGAGAAAGAUAUCAGCUCGAGGCUGGGGUCGCAAGUAUCUGCUGGGUCUGUGAUGUCGUUGUACAUUUACUGUCCUGUGAUGUUGUUUGGAGAUGUUGUCUUAUAUGUUGCAGGGCAGAAGCGUUUAGUGUGUGGUUCCCUCCAGCAAACACAAGAGGGCGGACUAAAUUGUUUGUGCCUGUUCUGUCAUUCUAUUCAUAUUCUUCUUCUCCUAUUCCUCUCUAACUGCACAAUACUAAAUCUGAAACUCUAAGAAGUAACCUUAGAUGCACAAUAACAUGCGAUUCGUGGAUUUUGUUUUCCAGAAUCAACCAGGGUUUAAUGCACAAAAUUCUUAUUGGAUUUACUGGAGCAGAUCCGCUAUGUUUUCCAGUGCUCUGUUCCAAACUCUAGUCGAGCUGCCUAUCACGGCACCGUUAGCUAUGUUUCCACUCAAAACUGUGAAUUUAAUUUAUACGCAAAACUGAAAUACCACACUAAAGUUUUACAAAUGAAGGACUGUUUGCAUCCAGCUAGAUAAAGAGAACUUCCUAAAAACUGGUGCCACAUAUCUUUAAGAAAAGGUCAUUUUCUGUAGUAGGAGAAGCUACUGUGGGUCUUUUUUGAUGACUUACAGCUCAAAGCACGCAGACAAAAUGUAAUAAACAAGAGUCAUGCCAUUGUGAAUUCGGAGGCGGAUACCUGCUGUUCGGAAAUACAACUGUGAAAGACAGUUAAUCAUAAUCAAACCACUUUGCUGACAGACUUUGGCUCAAACUUUUAAAAAUGACUAAAACAUUUCCGAUGCUGUCUCACUGCACAAAGUCACGUGGCUUUUUUUGAUGCACGUAAAGGAAUUUAGUCAUAGUUUUUGUGCUGUUUUCUUAUCAGAUAAAAAAAUGUGUCUGCCUCAAUUUGUUGCACAUCUCGGAAUUUCCAUCAUGUGUUUUUUUUUUAUGCAGUACCGCAAUAUGUGCAUACAAAUAGGUGGAUGGAAACAUAGCUAUCGAAAUGCAAACGAUAUCUUGUUUUGGCGAAGCAUCUCACCCCUAAAGGACUGGGCAAACUGCACUGUGAGAAAUACUCGACUACGAAUCAAAUUCUGAAAAAAAUGGAGUAAAACAGCUCCGUCUCAGUGACUGUUUCAGGCAAUAUUCCUGUGUGCUAUGUAAUUUGCUCAGAGUCUGUCUGAGGUAAUCAACUACGAGUCAGGUUUCUAAUGGGAAGUGGUGCAUUAAAAGACACUGCCUUGUAAGGUAACCUAUGUAGAUAACAGAAAGCGAGGCAGUUCACUAGGUUUUGGAGCAGAGCUCGUGACUGUACAGUGUCCUGCCACAGAGGAUGAUGAGAAUACCCUGCUGAAGGUGACUUGCUGUCAUCAGCACCUUAUUAUGCCAGGGAAGACACAUGCUCUGAAAAUGCAUAUAUUUACUCUCCUCAGGUUUUGAAAGGCAGACACACAUAAAGGGAUGGCUUUUGGCUAGCGCAGCACUCGGUAAAGUAAAGUUUGUAUAUUAUUCAUGUCCAUUACCAUCUUAACCAACUGUUAGCAUUUUACGAUAUUAUAGGACAAUGAUGAAGUCUAUUGCUCUCAAAGUUGUGACUGCUGUGCUGUCAUGUUCCUGUGGUUAAUGUUCUCAAAUCUUAUUUCGAAGUAACGUCCAGCUCCUCGGCCUGCUAGUUUAAAGUCAACAUGAAAUGCUGUUCACAAACAUAUUUUGAGUUGUGCAUUUUAGAAUUAAACAGGAUAGCCAGUGAAAAAAAUACAAGGUGGGCUUUGAAUUGAUUGGAUUGUGAAAAGUGGGUGUUAUUGACUGGUGUUUUGUGACAUCAUCUGAAAGGAAAUAUAUGUGCAGAGAUGCAUUUUUAAAAGAUGCACAACUCAUUCAGUGUAAUGAUCGACCUGUGGAAAAAGAUCUAAGUCAAAAACGUCCAUCUUAAAAAUGUGUUCUGUGAGCACAAUGGUCAGGAACAUCAGCUGGUGCAUCUUUAUAUAGAAAAAACUAUGGAAAAGAAGUGCAUUUAUAACUUUUUAUUACACUAGAAUGGAAGACUAUGAAAAAAAAAUGUAUUAAAUGUCAUUUUGACCCUGCGUUGUAAGGGUUGUAAGUGCAUUUUUGCACUUAAGAUCACACGCCGGGAGUAGAAUGAACUUCGGUAUUGCUUUUUUAAAAUGCCGUGUCGUUUUAGAUGGCGCAAAAGACAAGACAGCUGAGGUCGAACAUGUACGUCUACUGCAAUAGGCAGAAAAAAAAACUACGUUCACACUAACUUACCUUUUAUCACACUUUAAUAGAAUUACUAAUCGAUAACUUUUAACUGCUGAAUGGUGUGAGAUGCUGCAAAAGAUGCGAGAUUCAAGUGCAAUGGUCAAAAUGUCAGUCUAGUGAAAGUUUAUGUAGAAAAACAUUGGAAAAGAAGUGCAGUGUAAUGCAAAACGCAUUCUGUGUGAACUGCCAUUAGGUGCGUUCAUGUAUAAAUUCGCUGGAGUUUGCAAAACUAGGCGUUCCUGUAUUAUCUGACAGUAACAGACAAGUAAAGUAUAAAGUGUUUUAUUGACAAUAAACUGGGCUCAACUCACGUUGACCGCAUUUUCACCGAAUGGCUUUUAGUUGUUUUGUCAGUGAAAAUCGGGUAACACUCUCCAGAAUUGUGCAAACAGCAUCGAAUUUGAUUUCAUGUUGACUUUAAACGACGUGGUUUCUAUCUGAUCUUUUAGUCUGACUUGUGCCAAGUAUUGUAUCAUGACUGUACUUGUGGUAGGAAUCCUAGCGUAUGUGUUGUCUAGGGCUUUCUAGGAUUUAUCCUACAUGGUAAGAUCUCUGGUCUCCUCUACAUCUCUUCUCCUUUCUCCUCUAUUUCCUCUCCUCUCCUCUCUCAUUCCCCAUCUUGUCUUUUCGUCUCCAGUUCGACCCCUCCAGGGUCACGGUAUCUGUUUUGACGUCGUCUACAGGGCUCUACUAAGUGCUCCGAUUAUCGUAACUUAUUGGAUUAGUAGUUUGUAACCCAUAGAAAUUUUGUACCAUGACUACUUAGCCUUAGGACACGUGGCGUGCUGUCUCACUGUUUACAUGGUUAGCUGAGUGAGAGUAUAAGCGUGUCAGUGUAUAUGUUUUUGCAUGGACGUGUUCACAGUAUAGUGCUGUCUGCCACCUUUCAAUAUCGUGUCGAGAUGUGUCGCUUCUAAAUGGAACAGAGAAAAUACGGACGAUGGAAGACGUUAAAUAGUCAUUCUUUUACAUUCUACGCGUUUUUAAACUAAUCUUUAUAGUUUGCUGUUGGAAUAUCUUCGGAAAUCGCAAUCUGGCAUCUUGGAACAAGAUACUUUUUACUAGAAACACUGUAAGUCUAUAGCGAGAAAAUGGCACUUUGACAAAAGUUGAGGCAACUUAAUUCUAGAUGUUUGUAUGUGUUUUAGAUACGUGAUCUCUAUUUUCCGUAAGACCCUCACAACACUUACCAUGUCCGAUUUCUUCAAACCUAGUUCAUUUGCAACAACACAAGUUGCCGAAAAAGAAACCAAAAUCAGGAUCAGGUGUGUUAAUAGUCAUUAUAUUUUUAUACUCCAUUAGCCAUACAAAAUUUAAAAGCUAAUAUGAAUAAGAUGCAGUAUUGGAAAAUUCACUUUCCUUUAAAAGCCAAAUAAAUGUUUUGCAAGUGCGAGUGUCUGAUACUUAAUUUUGGUUGCCAUGCAUUUUUCUAUUAUUAUUAUUUUAUUCCGAGAAAUUAUAGAAAUAUAUAUAUAAAAAAGCAUGCAAAGGGAAUGUUAUAAAUGGAAAUGAGCUCAAUGAUUAUAUAGAUGAGAUGUGGGUAUAUAAAUCCAGUAUGUAGAACAGAUGACAAUCAGUGCCAAAACAGAAAAGAAACUUUAAGAUUAUAUUUAUUUUCUUAUUCAUGCCAUUAUGUGCAUGUCAGAUUCUGCUGGUCAGUGUGUUUAUUUAUAAAUCAUUAUGAAGAAAGUGAUUUAUGAUUAUAUUGAGAACAUGAAUUUAUAAUUUUAUUUUUCAGUUCUGCAUCUUUAUUGUUCAUUAAAGCAAACGUGACAUAGGUGUUUGCUUUGUAUUCACCUUGAUUAUAAUGAAACACUUUUUUUGGACUUGUACUGAGCAGAAUGUAUCGAUCUGGUAGACUUGUGAAUCACUGUUCUUGGUUGUUGUUGUAUAAUGGUGUCUUGCCUUAGACCACUGUCAAAUAUUGGUGUCAAAAUGGAAAUAAAUCCUUUUGAAAGUGGAA